UUCAGAAAAACUGCUUGCCAUCGAUGACUCUUGUGGACAACACAAAACAAAUAUUCCAAUCAUGGCGGGCGAAAUCCAAUCAAGCAGUGGUGGUGGUGACCCAUUAAGGGCAGUUGAUGAGGGUCCUCCUCAUAAAUAACACAAAAUUCAACCACCACCACCACCCUAAAAUUACUAUGUAAAACUUUCACCAACAACACAGACAACAACAAACAAAAAAACUACUAUAACAAUUAUCAAAAUCAAAUUAAGAAAAAAAAACAUCAAGGACUAAACUUAAUUUUCAAUUCUCUUAAAAUAAAAAAAAAAAACUAUUUAGAAAUUAAACAAAAACAAAAAGAUCUAAAUCAAAGACUCUAAACUCUAAAAAACAAAACAUCUAUGAAUCAAAAAUCUUCACUUAAUCAAAACAAAAACAAAACCAAAAAAUAUAGAAAACAAACAUCUUAAAUUUUCCAUAUUUAUGUAGUAAAUGCAUCUUCCAAUAUUUAAUCUUAAAACUUAAAAACAAAUAUAAACAAAAAAUAAAAAAAAACACAAAGAAUAAUAUUUAAAAACAGAAUUUUCAAAUUCAUUCAAAAGUGAAAUGCAUGCAAAUGCGGGUGCAGAUCGAGGUGGAUCAUGGCGUUUACCACCCGAUGAAACCCUCCAAGUUCAAGAUCCAAAGCAGAAAAACGAAGACCUAGAUUACGACGAAGGUCACAAUUGGCGUAGUAUUAUCUUUUCGUUAUUAGUAAUAAGUUUUGUAAUAGCCGGUAUCAUAACAGCGAUCUACCUCUUGGGGUACGUCGAUGAACUCCUUUAUUGGUCAGGCCGUCGUAUGAUACUCGAUGAGUACCUGCAAGGCGAUCUUACGCCGAAUCGGCUGCAACCAGCUUGGGUGACAACACGAAAGUAUGUCUUCCAAUCGGAUGAUGGAGGAUUAGCCGUACUGGACACUGCCACGAACACUGUUCAAACCCUCGUUACAAAUCACACCCUCAGACAGUUGAACGUCCGAGGCUACCAUUGUUCAUAUGAUCUGCGAUACGUUCUAUUUAGGCAUAAUGUAAAGAAGAUUUUUCAACGGUCCUUUACCGCAUUCUAUACGAUAUACGAUGUUGAAAAUGAUCAUCACAUGCCAGUGAAACUGAAGGACUCACCAAAAGUACAAAGAACUCGUCUACAGUACGCCGCAUGGUUGGGCAAUACAACGUCCCUAAUUAUUGUAGCUGACAACGAUAUAUAUUUAAGACAAUCACCGGCAGAGGAAGAGGACAUCCGUAUAACGAGCACAGGAUAUCAGAAUGUCAUUUAUAAUGGUAUUCCCGACUGGUUGUAUCAGGAGGAAAUCUUUUCGAAGCCUGAAGCGAUAUGGUCAUCACCGGAUGGCAGCCAAUUCAUGUAUGCCUCGUUUAAUGAUACCAACGUCGGCAUCAUGACCUAUCCGUGGCUGGCAUCGGGAGCGAUUAUAGCUGCAGGUGCUGGCAUGAGUUCGGGUAGUUCGUUUCCGGAAACAAAGAGUGUCCGAUAUCCAACGCCGGGCACCACAAAUCCUGAAGUCCAUCUGUGGAUAGUCGACAUAAGCAACCUGACGGAUAUCCAGAGGAAUUUAGUCAAGCCACCGCCAUCACUGGACGGACAGGAUUACUAUCUUACCUCAGCUGGUUGGGUUACACAGGGUAACCAUCAAAUCUCAACAGUUUACAUGAUGAGAUCACAGAACUACAGUAUUGUAGCUACGUGCUUUGCACCAAAUUGGACAUGCAUCGAUACGCAUUCCGAACGUGCCCCAGAAGAUGAAUGGCUGGAUAUAUUACCGCAUCCGGUCUUUUCGCCGGAUGGCGAUAGUUUUCUCAUAUUAGCAAGUAUACAGGAAUCUGGUACUGAACACUUUACCCAUAUCAAACAUGUGACGAUAACACAACAACGGAUAUCUGUUAUCUCACACGGACGUUAUGAGCAAGUUGCCGUUAUAACACAUGACAGAAAUCAGGUUUUAAAGAUUCUGUGUUGGGACACGGCGAAUCAUCUCGUCUAUUAUCUUGGAACACAAGAUAAAAAACCUGGACAAAGACAUUUGUAUGUUGUCAAGGAUCCAGUGAGCGACGAUAGUCGAAAAAGUGAACCUCAGUGCAUUACCUGUGAUCUAGGCGAAGCGCUCUGGAGUAGCCGUUACUACUAUGUAAACUGUUCCCAUUUUGAUGCCUUCCUAACUCCAAAGUCUUCCAUAGCAACAGAGCUGGGUGUCGAUUUCUAUAUACUCGAGUGCCUGGGUCCGGGUCUCCCAGUGUCCGGAGUGCAUUCAGCAAAAACGCAUAGUCUGCAAAAAAUACUCUUCGACACGCGACCCUAUUACACGGAACGGUUGCAGGCAUUGGCUUUGCCAACUCAACGUUCCUUUGAAAUUCCCCUACCGCAUGGAAGCAGGGCUCAAGUACAACUACUCCUGCCGCCCAGCUGGAGGGAAGAGUUAAGGGAUGCCGCAUUUCCUGUGCUCGUCGAAGUAAAUGGGCGACCAGGAUCCGAAUCCGUUUCGGAGAAAUUUCGAAUAGACUGGGGGACGUACAUGUCCUCACGAAAUGAUGUAAUAUAUAUUCGGUUGGAUGUGAGAGGCGCCAAAGGACAAAGUAAAAAAUCACUAUACCGACAUUUGGGGGGAGUUGAGGUGCAGGAUCAAAUUUCCGUUCUAAGUUACUUACUAGACACGUUUAGCUUUCUAGACGAAACUCGUGUAGGCGUAUGGGGUUGGGGUUAUGGUGGAUAUGUAACUACCAUGGUAUUGGGCUCCCAGCAAGAAGUUUUCAAAUGUGGAAUAUCCAUAUCACCGAUAGCUGAUUGGUUAUUUUACAAUUCAGCCUUUACAGAACGUAUCCUUGGUCAGCCUGCUGAAAAUUAUAAGGGUUAUGUGGAAGCCGAUGCAACGCAACGUGCCCGACACAUAAAAUCACAUUCGUUCUUCCUGAUGCACGGAUUGGCGGAUUCGACAGCGCCGUAUAUCCAUGGUGUUCAGCUCGCGAGAUCUCUUACUGAUGCUGGAGUUCUCUAUCGAUAUCAGACCUAUGCCGAUGAGGGUCACGAACUAAACGGAGUUCUGGAACACGUCUACUCAUCUAUGGAAAAUUAUUUCUCUGACUGUCUUAGUUUGGAUCCUGACGAUACAAAACCGACGGUAGAAAAAAUCGUUCCGCCUGAUUAGUAGUGAAUGUAGUUAAUAGUUUUAUAUUACAAAAUUAGUCUAUAAGAUAACAUAUACUAUAUAUUUAAUUAAAUUUAUAUAUUCUUAAUUUAAGUUUGAGUUUUGUGUUAAAAAUAAUUUACAUAAAUAAAUAAAUUUAAAAAAAAGACAAACAAGUAAAAUGUUAUGUAAUUAAUUUUCAACUUUUAUUUAUUAUAUUGUAAAUUAUUUUCUUUUCAAUUGGAAUGUUAACAGCAAGUGCAUUAAAAUAAUUAUAAAAAAUGUAAUUUAAUUAUAUCGAAUUAAGAAAAUCCAUUAAAUAUAAUAAAUAAACAUAAAAUCGUUCACCAUUUGCUAUAAAAUAAAAUAAAUAAAAAAAAAGAAAACCCUUCAAAAACUUCAAUGCUUCCCAUUUUAUUAAAACAAAAAUAAUAAUUCAGAAAACAAAACUAAAUGAAUCUAUAGGAAAUAAACAAAAUCGACAAACAAAAAUAAAACAAACAUUUUGUACAUUUUCAACAUAUCAUUAACUGACAUUUCACUACUCUAGAAUAAUUAGCAUAAUCAAAAAAAAAAAUCAUUACAUAAAACAUUAACUUUAUAUUUAAAAACAAAAUACAAAACUUAAACAUGCAUAAUUUUUGAAGUAACAUAAUUUUAUAAUUUUUUUUAAAUACACGGAAUCUUGCAUCGAAUUCUAUCUUAACGCUUUCAAACAUCGACAGAUAAUAACUUUAUUGAUUUAAUGUAUGAAUAUAACUUCUCUUUUUAGGUUUUUUUUUAAAUUUUAUUAUUCUGGGGCACAAUUUUUCCAACAUUAAAUGCUCUAUUCCCCAAUGAUAGACAAGAUCCCAUGCAUUUUGAUUGUCAUUCAAAACAUAGCCCAAAAAAUUUAAACUCAGUUUGCUUUCACAAAUUUUUGCAAAGUUCUAAAAAGAUUCAAUCUUUUAUGAAGAUAAGAAGUUGAGUUAAAUUGAAAAAUUGAAUUUAUUGACUUUUUGAGAGUCUACAACCUUUAAGUAUGUAAUUGGGGUAUUUUAGUAUUCAGAUCCUUUUUCACGUUUUUCUUAGUUUACUGCAGAAUUAUGUGAAAAAAAAAACGUUCAAAAGAGUGUAAACAAUUGAAUGAGUUCUCAAAAGAUUGCAUUCAAUUCGAAACAAUGAUAAUAGCAUUACAAGCCCAAUCCUUUAAAUUUGAAAUGAUUGUCAAGUGAUCAGCCAAUGAAUUAAAACUUACUCUUAAUAGGUUGAGACUUUUAAUUUCCACCAAACCAAGAAGAUAAUAUUUUUACUGUUUGAAUUAAAGCUUAUUUUUUAUUUCGUUUUAAAAAAUCAAAUCAAUAAUUAAUAAAUAAUUCCUUCAUAAUUUUACACUAAAAUCUAAGUGCUUUUAAAAACGAAUCUUAAGAAAUUAUCGCUAACAAUCAAUUACUGCAACUUUAAUCUUAAGAUCUU